AUGAUCUGCGACCGGCGCAGUUUGAUAGGCCAGAUCGGGUUUUUGGCAUUAUUUAUAGCUCAGCUGGGCUUCGUGGAGAGUGAUCAGUUUAUCGACCAUGUCCAAUACGAUAAAUUUCCCAAACUGUACGAUUACGACGAUUUCGAAGAAUGUCGACGAACGUUUCGAGAACAGUACAUCUAUUGUGUCGUGAAAACCCACAUCCGGCCGGACAAUGCGUCACUUCUGUGGAAGAGUCUAAGUCGCUUUUCCGAGGACGAAUGUCACUACCAGCAUCGAGUUCAGGAGCGCGGUUUGUGCGUUCAGCAAUGCGAACUAUCAAUCAGCAAAGGAACGAAGGUCCACUCCGAAGGUCACACGCACGCUGACCAGCUCAGGUCCUGCAUCAACUCACAGUUGCGCAACGAUUACAACUUGCAGGUUGAAUCGGAUGUGGAAAUUUACCACUGUUACAGCGCGCAAAAUGAAAAUCUUCCAUUCGAUUGGUUGGAAAUACUGUUCAUGGUGAUAAUUGCUUCCGUGUUGGUAGCAGUUUGUUUUUCGACUUGGUACGAUCUUCAAAUUGAAAGGGCGUCCGACUUUCCGGAUGAUUACUUUUCGAAGUCACUCGGGACGCGCAACGAACGGUUGUUGACGGCCUUUUCCAUACCACGAAACUUUCGUCGGCUAAAGGAACCAGUUGACAGUGCUACCAAGAAGGAUCUGGCCUUCAUGGAAUGUUUCCGAUUCAUUCAAAUGCAUCGCGUCAUACUGCUGCACAUCAUUCUGGUGGUGAUUAAGGUUCCAAAAGUCAACCCGGAUGGAAUCGAGAAAAAGCUUCACAACCCGAUUACAAUCCAUUAUGUAGCGGAGUUUCAAAAUUACGUGCAGACUUUCUUCUCGAUGUCCGGAAUGCUUUUGGCCAUUAACUUUCUGAAUCAUAUCGAGAAAAAUCCCCAAUUUGACAUGGGGUUUUUCUGGAAACGCCUACGUCUGCGGCUAUACCGGUUAGUACCGGCUUAUGCAUUCAUCGUUCUUUUGGAAGCAUCGAUCAGCCGACGGUUCAUGGUCGGUCCGGUCGGUCAACAUUUGGUGGGAGAUUCUCAUCAAAAAUGUCGUCAACUGUGGUGGACCAACCUUCUGUUCAUCAACAACUACAUCCACACAGACAGACCGUGCUUGAUCCAGACAUGGUACCUUGCAGCUGAUAUGCAACUCUACAUUUUCUCACUCGGCACGUUGAUGCUAAUUUGGCGGUGGCCAUUCCUAAAGAAGUACUUAUUUACGGCUGGUCUCGCAUGCGGACCGAUUCUAACCGUUAUCGUAGCCUACAUGACAAACGCCUCUCCGGUCAUGACCGAAGAUCUUAAACUGAACGAGCAGUACAAUUUCGGCCACAGCUACUUCCAGCUGUACCAGCCAUUCCACAUGAACAUAACCAUCUAUUUCGCCGGAAUGUUGGCUGGCUUCAUUUACCAUCGAUACCGCACUUCCCGCAGGGAAGUCCUCGUAUCCCGGCUGCAGAUAAACACCUUCUGGACCCUGGUGCUGCUCUACUUCUUCACCUGUAUCUCCGACAAUUGGAUUGUGCAACACAGAUCAACGACUUCGCCCGUACUGCUGGCAAUCUAUGCGACCCUGUUCAAGCACUCCUUCGGAGCACUGUGCACAGUCAUACAACUACGGACGGCACUGCAAACUCGGCGCUCGCGGUUCCGAAGUUUCUGCGGACACCCGAUCUUCCGGGUGUUGGGCAAACUUUGCUACAGUUUCUUUCUGAUUCAUUUCACCGUGACUCUUCAGGUGAUCGGUGCCGUCAAGCAACCGAUCUUCUUCAGUCCCCGUGGUGUGGCCGAGUUCAUGAUGAGUAUUCAAAUGUGGAUGUUGUUUUACGGGACACUGAUGUGCGUGCUCAUUGAACUUCCUUUCAAUGUAGCCCUGCGAGAGCUGCUGGAAGAAGCAAAAGACCGUCCGGUUACGGAAGGGAAAGAAGUUGGGACCAGCCGUCAACAGAAAUCAAAUGGUGUGCAUUAG